UGACGAGGCAGAUUCGUCGUUCUUGAAAUUGAUAUUAGCAAAAAUCCUUGAUCCAUCUUCGAUCAGAGGGUAUCAAUAGAUGCGCCCGUGUUCAUGGUAUUUGCUUUUCUGAGGCUUGGGCUAGCUAAUACCUCCCUCGACUAUGGCCAACCGUGCACUGGCCUUUUGAUUCAGCCUCACCCCGCACCUCAGCUAUAAAUGCUCUCAAGCCAGAGCUCCUUCGGUAGUUGCUAUACUACCCAAGAUUUUUGUGCCAUCAUGAACCACCCUAGUAAUAAGCACAAAUGCGGCCAUAGCUUAAUUAUAAGGCAAUGGAAGCAAGGAGCACCAUGGCAAGAGCGCGAAAUUCAUCCGUCAGAAUUAAUUGCCAGCAGCCAAAAUCAGGCCCCAGGUUACAUAUCUGCAGAGACCCAGCUCUAUACAAUAUUAGCCAAGGCUAAUGAGAUCCGGAACUGCCAUGAAUGCAAGCAAGCAUUGAUCAAGGCUUUUCUGAUGCCAUCACUCUGGUGGACUGAUCACCUUCGCAAGUCCAAUGGAUACUUUGGCUGUGAGGUGACUCGGGAUGGAGAAGAAAUCACCGGUCUGAAUAGUUGGGCAUUUUUCCAGUCCAAGAAAAUGACUAAUGAGCGGGUCUAUGUCUGGUCCAAGUUCAACAUAUUCACCCGAUGGAUAUCUGAAACGAAACAAACAGCCAUUCUGAUCUUCGAUACCGAGGAUCACACUCCUCACCCGUUCGAAAAUCUAACUCUUGAAGAACAUCUCCUCGGCGACCCAUUCUGGAUAUACCCCUAUAUCCUCAACUCGAUCUCCGACCUCGAAGAAAACGCCGUCUGGGCAAUUCGGGAUCAAAUUAGACCAAUCGAAAAAGGACCUCGCGACAUACCGGCUCACCGAAAUAAAGGGCAGCCACCUAAUUACCGCAAGUUGCACGACAUUGCUCGUCACUCUAUCCACGUCACCGAAACACUAGACGUAGCUCUUCAAACCAUCGAGCGCAUCCUGGAAAACCACCGCACCUACAUGUAUCCGGGCGACUCGGUUCUUUCCCCCUCACUCCAGACCUCCCAAGCCUGGCAAGCGAUUCAGUCUCGCUUAUCUUUUCCUCAAAGCUUUCUUGGAAGUUUGCGGCACAGAUCUAUCUCGAAUGAGAAGCGAUUACAAAAUGAGAUUCAGCUGACGUUCCAAAACGUUGCACGACAUGAUGCUUUAGUCAUGAUGGAUGAUAGUGCUGCACUAAAGACGCUCGCUUUUGUCACAUUUACUUUCUUGCCGCCGACAUUUAUCUGUGCUAUGUUUAGUAUGUCGUUCUUCAAUUAUGACCAGGAUCUUGGGUGGAAAGUUUCGGGCAAAUUCUGGAUUUAUUGGGCAUUUGCAGUUCCCACUACGGUUUUCUCGGCUGCUUUGUGGUUCUAUUGGCAAAGGAAUCCUCCGUCUAGGCAGAUCCAGGGUCGGAUGGAUGCGUUUUCGAGAGGGUUGGAUCAUAUGGAGAAUGUGUAAGGUUGUAUCCGCGUGGCCCGAGUAAGAAAUAUAUUUUGGUUAUUACUUGAGUACAAGCCGUGCCACUAGCACUAGAUAUAACAAAGUUCCAAUGAAAUGGAUAUGAAAUGACAAGUUAGACCCCCAAGUGAUCAUGAAAGCCAAGGAACUGUUCGUAUUCAUUUAAGUUGUUCUCAU